AGCAUAUAUUAAUGGUGUGACUAUUACACCUCUUUUACACCCACUUACACCAUCACUCCUCUUCUUUCUUCUUCAAUCUUAUCUCAACCAAAUAAGCUUUCUUCUCAAACAAAAAUCAAAACUUUAAUCUAAGUUGGAUUUAUUAUGGCUGCUAAUCAGUCCAAAUCAGAUGAUUCCCUAGAAAACUUUGGAAUUAUUGUUGAAAAAAAUCCGUCAGAAUCAAAAUUAUCUGAGUUAGGCAUUAAAUCUUGGCCCAAAUGGGCAUCUUCGCCGGGAAAGUAUCAGCUGAAAUUUGAUGCAGAAGAGACAUGUUAUAUGGUGAAAGGCAAAGUUAGAGUAUACAAAAAAGGGUCAACAACAGAAGAUUAUGUUGAAUUUGGAGCAGGAGAUCUUGUUACUAUUCCUAAAGGACUUAGUUGCACUUGGGAUGUACUUCUUUCUGUCGAUAAAUAUUACAAAUUUGAUUCUUCUUAAUUAGUCAUUUAAUUUGUUCUUAGAAUUAGUUAUAAUGUGUCCUUUAAAGGUUAAAACAAUUGUUAUAUAUUUAAGCAACAAAAACGUGCUGAUAUUGAGAAUCCAUUGUCAAUUCA